UGGCCGUCACAUGAUCGCAGGUAGCUGUCGAAAUCAGCCAUGACGUCAAUACUAUGGAACAGAGAAUGCUUAGUGACAUUUUUGGUGAUCUUAACAUUUGUGAAAGCCAAAUCAUCAAGACCACACAUCAUUGUUAUUGUUGCAGAUGAUCUGGGAUGGAAUGACAUAAGCUUUCAUGGUUCCAACCAGAUCCCCACCCCAAACAUAGACAGCUUGGCACACAGUGGAAUCAUUCUCAAUAAUUAUUACGUCUCACCAAUUUGUACCCCAACACGAGGGGCCCUGAUGUCUGGGCGCCACCCAAUUCAUACCGGACUACAAGAGAGUGUUAUUGUGGGGGCCCAGCCCUACGGUCUUCCUCUAAAUUUUACCAUCAUGCCUCAGUGGUUACAGAAAUUAGGCUAUCGCACACACAUGGUAGGAAAGUGGCAUCUCGGAUUUUUUAAAAGUGAAUACACACCGACACGCCGUGGAUUUGAGUCUUACACAGGAUAUUACCAAGGAUGUGGAGACUAUUAUGAUCACACUUAUGAGGCUGAUGAGGCUUUCUUUGGAUAUGAUUUUAGACGUAAUGAAAGUCUUGACUACUCAGCAAUCGGCCAGUAUUCCACUACUGUGUUUACGAAUCGUGCUGUAGACAUCAUUAAUCAGCAUAAUUCAGAGGAGCCAUUGUUCCUGUACUUGCCGUACCAGGCUGUCCACAGUGGUAAUCUGCCCAGUGGCAAUAAUCUUCAAGCUCCAUCUUCCUACAUAAAUAGACACCCCCAUAUACAGAACAAAGAACGUAAAAACUUUGCUGGGAUGGUAGCAGCACUAGAUGAUGGUGUAGAUUCUGUUGUGCAAGCAUUAAAAAAGAAUGGUCUGUAUGAAAACUCCAUCUUGAUGUUCACAACAGAUAAUGGUGGACCUGCAAAUGGCUUUGAUGGCAAUGCAGCUAGUAACUUCCCUCUAAGAGGAUUAAAGGCCACUCUGUGGGAAGGAGGAGUUAGAGGUGUAGGAUUUCUCCAUAGUCCCUUACUCAAAAAGUCUGGCUAUGUUUCUGAACAGCUGUUGCAUGUAUGUGAUUGGCUGCCAACAUUCUAUUCAGCUGCUGGAGGUAACCCAGGUGAUCUUGGUGAAACUGAUGGCUAUGAUAUGUGGACAAUGCUUUCCUCAAACAGUAAACCUGUGAGAAAAGAGCUAUUGCAUAAUAUAUCUCCAUCUAAGCGGAGUGGGGCUAUUCGUGUGGGCGAGUACAAGUUGUUGGUGGGAGGUGUAAAUAUGAAAUGGGAUGGCUGGUACCCACCUUACCAGGUCACAGAGGACAGUUCAAGGCUUUACUAUGACAACCCUGCUGCAAAAAAUUCAUUAUUCAAGGAGUUGACAGGAACAUCAGACAACAGAAUUACAGCUGUUAUGAAAAAUAUCACUUUAGUCUCUGCUGUCAAGGUUAACUGUGGUCCUAAGCCAGCAAAUGCAAGCACCAACUGUGACCCUCGACAGAAUGCCUGUCUUUACCACAUUCCUUCUGAUCCUUGUGAAUACAACAACAUUGCUGCUUCAAACCCUAGCAUUGUCAGUGCACUAACUGAUAGGCUAGAUUAUUAUUUAUCUACAAUGGUCCCUCCAGCAAAUAAACCUGUGGAUCCGAAAGGAAACCCAAUAUUGAAUAACGGUGCUUGGAUCUCAUGGCAGGACUAAAGCUAUGGAAUUUUUAGGUUAUCUCACUCGACCCGAAUAAUUGUGCCCAUGUGAUUUUGGGACUGAUCAGAAAAUAAAAAUGGCCGAAAGAUGUCCAUCUUAGAUUUUUACUUUAAAAGUUUGUUAUCGCUAUUUCUUGAGAAGUACUGGAUGGAUCUUUCAUAAAUGUCCUAUGUAGGUUCGCCUUGGUCCUUAGGUGUCCCAGUCAGAUUUUGGGUGUAAUCAGAAAAACAAAGUGACUGACAGAUGGCCAACUUGGAUUUUAUCGCUAUUUCUUGAGGACUACUGUAUUGAGUUUUCUCAAAUUUCAUGUAUAGGUAUCUUUUGGUCCCUAGUUGUGCUCAUCUAAUUGUGGGACUGAUCAGAAAUACAAAAUGGCCUUCAGGUGGACAUCUUAGAUUUUGACUUUUAAAAGUUUGCUAUUGCUAUUUCUUGAGAACUGCUCUAUAAAUCUUUAGAUUCCUAAUUGUGCUUGUUUGAGUUUGGGACUUGAGAAAAACAAAAUGGCCGACAGGCAGCUAUCUAGGAUUUUGCCGAGUAAAGAUUGUUAUUGCUAUUUCAUAAGAAGUCCUAUAUGAAUAUCUCUCAAAUUUCAUACGUAUGUCCCCGUUGGUUUCUGCAUGUGCUCAUUUGAUUUUGGGACUGAUCAGAUGAAACGAAAUGGCUUCCUUCCAGGUGGUCAUUUUGGAUUUGGCAGGUAAGGAUUAUAUCAAUAUUUAUGCAAAGGAAUUUUCAAAUGUCUUAUCGUUAAGAGCAGAAACAGACAAGAGAAAAGAUUCGAAAAGGUCUGCUUUUCAAAGAGUAUAGAAAGAUUAAACAAUGGUGGGCGCCAAGAUCCCUUUGGGAUCUCUUUGUUUUUUAGAUAAUUUUAAAAUAAUUUAAUAGUUAUAAUGCUUUUUAUGAGGUGAAAAGUUUGACACAAUAGUGCCAAUUUUUAAAAUGCUCAAAUGAAUCUCAGCAUAGACAGAAAUAAAUGCACUAGAGAGUGCGUAGAUGUUCCCUUCAGUCUACUCCAUUCUCAGAAGCUUUUAUUAAAUGUAUAUGAAGUAACAUUAUAUGAUUGACAAUGUUGACAAGUGCUGCAAACAAGUUGUUGAAGGACAAUUACACAGUAAAGAUAGUGCGCUAAUAUAACAGAUAAUUAUAACAACUUGUAUGUAUUAACAUAUCAAGAGGUACAAUGAGAGUGAACUGUACUUAUAAGGUAUUUUGUGAUUUUUCUGAGAAACAUAUUGUCCUCUGUAUAUUUAGAUUUGGGGCUUUUGUCUUCUAAGGAAGUAAGCAUAAGAUGAUUUACUCAUAUUUUGCAUAUUAAUACCUUUAUCAAUGAUAACAUUCCGUAAAUAUUAAUGAAAGUGAUGAGAUUUUAUACGUAUGUACAUAUAUAUAUGUGUGUGUGUGUAUGUUUAAGAUAUGACAGUAACACCCUUAACACAACAUAUUAAUACAAAAUCAAGAGAUAAUUCAUCUGUGCUUUUGUUUACUGAAUUGUAGAAUUAAUAAAAAUAAAGCAUUUUUCAAUAUUUUAAUUUGAGCAAGUACUAUAAAGUCAUAGAAUUGGCAGGGGAUUUAUUUUUCAUUUAGCAUGAUUUUAUAGUAACAGCUGAUCAUAUUAUUACACAGAACGGUGGGUGGUGUAUUUCAACUAGAAUGAGGUUUAUUUUUUGUGGGAUUAACAGCAUAUCCAAAGGUGUUGGUCUGAUGUGUAGUUAUAUUACAGUGUUGUAGUAUAUAUAUAUAUAUAUAUAUAUAAAGUUAUCUCAAUGAAUGGAUUUAGAUAUAGUUAUUAUGCAUAAGAUUUAUAAAUACAAUGUAUAUGUUUGCAAGUCUUAUAUUUUUGUCAUACAUCUUCAAUCCGAAUUGCUGAUAUUGUUUAAUACAGUUACUGUAUGUGCCAUUAUACCUAAGUAUAUAAUCUCAAUUUGACAAAUUGAAAAUUUGAUAAUGACGACAAAACUGUUGGACUAAUAUUGUAUCUCAUACGCUCAUCUUUUACAUAAAAGACAUAUUGUUGAAUCAAUGCAUUAUAUGUAAACUUUGGGUUUCAACUUGAAACUAAACAGGGAAAUAAAGAUCUGUUAAUUUUGAUAUACUCUUCUUAUUUGAUGUAUAUGUUUACUGGUGAGUGCAAUAAGCAAUUAAUCUGUAUGUUAUCUGUUACAGAUCCUUCUAUUAAUGUUUUACAUCUUUUUACAAAGUGUUUGUUUUCUUUAUUUUGUCUCAUGAAUGGCUUGUAAUGUGUUGUUUUCAUAUUUGUUUUACCUGUCCAAAGUGCAAUAAGCUCUUACCCACGUGUAUCACAUCUGUUUAACUUCUACUGAACACCUGAGUUGUCCAAACACCAGUCUGAGAUACAUUUAUAACCAGUGGAUAGUGAAAUUUCCAAACAUGAACUACACAGUAAUAUCAGAACAUUAUUUAUCAUUUUCCACUCUAGAUUUGUUGUAACAAGUCAUAUUGAUAUAUUUUGAGCAUUAAUUUUGCCUUUAAAGCUCUUGUACUUUCUUUGGCAACGGUGAUUUUUUGUGAUAAACUACUAGUUAACUGUAACUAAAAUGAGAACAAAUGAGACAAAGGUGUUUAAAUGAUAAACUGACAGCUAAGGUUAGAACUUAAGAUUGCUGCGGAAAAGGUUAAUGUUUCUUAAUAACCAUGAUAACCAUGAUCAUGACAUUUUGUCAGUAACAUGAUUGGGUAAGAGCUAUCAAGUUACUUAUAUAUGCUACCACAAUCAACUUAAAUUCUUAAAGUAAAGAAACGAUUUCUGGUUAAUUGAGAUUGUCUAUUUCAUGAUACUGUACAUACUGUAUUAAAUGGGCACUAAGGCUUGGAUCCACAUAAAAUAUCCAGGUUGUCUGUGUCUUCACAAGAUGCAAAAUUUUAAACUUUUCUGAAAAAAGAUAUUUUUAUACGGAAUUUGCUAUGGUCAAUUGAAUGUCACAAAAGUGAGUGUUAUACAUUUAGUAGAUAAUAAUAAAUAUUGGAUAGGAAAGUCUAUUUUUGACAUUCAACAACGGUUUAAUGAACUAUGAUUUACAACCAGUUAUAUAUUUUUGUCAGUCUGUU